GCAACGCUGCGUGACUCCCUCGCCGCCCGCCAGCUGAUCGAGUGACAGCGAGAGGGAGGAGAAUAAUAAUUUGGAGGUUUUUAGUCAGUGAGCAGUGCAUUAAAAGACUCUAGAUUCAUUAAUUAACUUUAGAGUCCUUAGUCCUUGGCCCAGCAGUAACAUAAGUGCUUGCCACCAGUUUGUCACGCCAGGAGCCAGUUGCUGCGGCAAGUGACAUGCGGUUACUUGGAUCUGCCGUGUCAGCAUCAAGGAAGGUGCAGUCAUCUUUGAGUUCAGCUUUGCCCCGUGCCUUAGUGACUGGCUUCCACAUGUCUGCUUCAGAGCCAGAAAUGCAGUUUCAUGAGAUCAAGGACAGGGAGUCCGGGAAAACACGCAGGCUUGCAUACCAGAAGCUGUCGGGUCACCGCACACAUGGCCUUAUCUUCAUACCUGGCUUCAUGUCUCACAAGGGUGGGAGGAAGGCAUCAGGCCUGCUCUCCUUCUGCCAGAAACAUGGCUUUCCUUACCUCAGAUACGACCCUUCAGGCUUGGGCGAGUCACAGGGAGUAUCUAUGACAGACACCAGGUUUUCAUUGUGGCUUGAGGAUGCCAAUGAGAUGCUUCUCAAGGUGGCAGACAGUCCACAAAUUGUGGUUUGUUCCUCAAUGGGGUGCUGGCUGACCUCACACUUGCUUCAGAUGCACCCUGAGAAGGUUGCCGGCAUCCUCAUGUUAGCCCCGGGUGUCAACUUUCACGUCCGCUACGAGAAGGCAUUGCAAUCAAAGUUGCCGCCCGAGCUGCUGAAGAAGUAUGAGGAGGGUGGCGUAGUGCCCCUCUUUACAGACCAUGGGGAAUUCCCUCUCUCUAAGGCUUUUUUUGGUGAUAUGGAAAAGUUUACCUUAAAUAUGGAACCUAAUAAGCUGCCUGUCAGUGUUCCGGUGAGAAUCAUUCAUGGCAUGAAGGACAAGGACGUGGACUACACCGAGUCGCUGCCACUGCUGAACACCCUUGGGACAGAGGAUGUGCAGCUGACUUACCUCAAGCAUGCCGGCCACAGACUCUCCGAUGAGCAGAGCCUUGAGGUGAUCUACGAUGCCAUUCUCAGACUGGCUUCUGAGGUGGACAAGAAGGCAAGGCUGUGUGGGAGAGGAGGUGACGGGGGUACUGUGGAUCCAACCGUGUAGGGGUGUCUCAGAUAAGGAGGGAAGUAAAGAAGGUAGCUCGGAUCAAAUUGGUCUGUGUGUAUAUCUUUGUAUAAAAAAGAUACUCAUAAUUUGUCAAUCCCUUUAAGGGGAGCACCUAGGGUGGUCCCUCCUGGGCAGUUGGUAUGCCCUAUGAAUUUGAAACAAUGUUAUUUGCUGUUGUUAAUCUUUGAGAUUUUGUGGCUUUCAUGAAAUUUGAGUGAAAGGGUUGGGCAGACUUAAACAAAGCAAUAAAAAUUUGAUUUGUUUCACAG